AUCCUGCAGGGUGGCAGCUGAAGGACCCCUGAGGAAAAAAUCCUCAGAGCGGCGCCGCUAAUGUGUGUCUGUCACCGCCGCUUUAUUCGUCAAAAUCAGCUUCUCGCCGCUCUAAUUCGACAGGAUUUCGCUCGCUACCGGACUCUGAUCGCACCCUGAGCGGCGGAAGCUCCGUUCCACUCGUUUAUUUAUUCGUUUGUCUGGUUUAUCAGCGGCGUUUCGCUCCGAACCCGACCCGAACAUGAGCGCCCUGGAGACUCUGGAUCGAGUGGAGCUCUGUGAGAGUCUCCUGACCUGGAUCCAGACGUUCGGUGUGGAGGUGCCGUGUUCAGCGGUGGACGAGCUGACCAGUGGAGUGGCCAUGGCACAAGUCCUGCAGAAGAUUGAUGGCAUGUAUUUCACCGAUGCUUGGAUCAGUCGCAUUAAACCCGAUGUUGGAGACAACUGGAGGUUAAAGAUCAGCAAUUUAAAGAAAAUCUUGAAAGGUAUUCUGGAUUACAACCAUGAGGUGUUGGGGCAGCAGAUCAAUGACUUCACUCUUCCAGACGUCAGUCUCAUCGCAGAGCAUUCAGACGCGGCUGAGCUGGGCCGGAUGCUGCAGCUCAUCCUGGGCUGUGCUGUCAACUGUGAACAGAAGCAGGAAUAUAUCCAGACCAUCAUGAUGAUGGAGGAGUCUGUGCAGCACGUGGUCAUGACGGCCAUCCAGGAGCUGAUGAGUAAAGAGACGCCCGUGUCCUCCGGAAGCGACUCGUACAUUGAUCUGGACCGACAGCUGAAGAAGACUGUGGAGGAUCUGAACGACGCUUUGGCCACUAAAGAGGAGAUCGCUCAGAGAUGUCACGAGCUGGACAUGCAGGCGUACCUCGUCCAAGAGGAGCGAGAUAGACUGAGGUUAGAAUGUAUUGAUCUAGAAGAGAGGGUGGCGGCGCUCCAGGAGGAGAAGAGCAGUCUUCUGGCUGAGAAUCAGGUUCUGAUGGAGCGUCUCAAUCAGUCGGACUCCAUCGAGGACCUGAACAGUCCGGCGGGACGCAGACACCUGCAGCUUCAGACUCAGCUGGAGCAGCUGCAGGAGGAGACCUUCAGAUUGGAGGCGGCUAAAGACGAUUACCGCAUCCGCUGCGAGGAGCUGGAGAAGGAACUGGUGGAGGUCAGAGGUCAGAAUGAGGAGCUGACCUCUCUGGCCGAGGAGGCGCAAUCGCUCAAAGACGAGAUGGACGUACUGAGGCACUCAUCUGAUAAGGUGUCGAAGCUGGAGGCGCAGGUGGAGGCGUAUAAGAAGAAGCUGGAGGAUCUGGGUGAUCUGAGGAGGCAGGUGAAGCUGCUGGAGGAGAAGAACACCAGCUACAUGCAGAACACAGUGACUCUGGAGGAGGAUCUGCGCAAGGCCAACGCCGCUCGAGGACAGCUGGAGACCUACAAGAGACAGGUGGUGGAGCUCCAGAACAAGCUCUCAGAGGAGUCCAAGAAAGCUGACAAGAUGGAGUUUGAGUAUAAACGAGUCAAGGAGAAAGUCGACUCUCUUCAGAAGGAGAAAGAUCGCUUGCGGACGGAGCGAGACUCUCUGAAGGAGACGAUUGAGGAGCUGAGGUGUGUUAAAGCUCAGGAGUCUCAGCUGACGUCAGGUUUGGUGCCGCUCGGCAGUAACGAGCCGUCUGAUUCGCUGGCUUCUGAGAUCGUCACACCAGAGAUUCGGGAGCGUCUAAUUCGCCUGCAGCAUGAGAACAAGAUGCUGAAGCUGGCUCAGGAGGGAUCAGAUAACGAACAGAUCGCUCUGCUGCAGAGUUUACUUGAGGACGCUAACAGCAGGAAGAACGAGCUGGAGACGGAGAACAGGCUGGUGAAUCAGAGGCUGUUGGAGGGUCAGUCUCAGGUGGAGGAGCUGCAGAAGUCUCUCCAGGAACACGGAUCCAAAGCGGACGAUGCUCUGCUCUCUUCUGUCUGUGCUUCAAAUCUUUCUCGGUCUGCUACGGUCCUGAUGAAGAGGAAGUGUCAGGAACAUCUGGACAAAUUAAGGGACGCCACUAAUGAGCUUCAGAAGAAGAGCUCGGCGAUUGAAGAGCUGGAGAACAAACACACUUCCAGUGUUCAAAGAAUUGAAGAGCUGGAGGAUGCACUGAAGAAGAAGGAUGAAGAUAUGAAACAGAUGGAGGAGAGAUACAAGAAAUACCUAGAGAAAGCCAAGAGUGUCAUUCGUACGCUGGACCCUAAACAGAAUCAAGGUUCUGCUCCUGAGGUCCAGGCUCUGAAGAACCAGCUGCAGGAGCGAGAGAGGAUGAUUCACUCCCUCGAGAAGGAGUAUGACAAGACAAAGUCUCAGAGAGACCAGGAGGAGAAGCUCAUCGUAUCUGCCUGGUACAACAUGGGGAUGGCGCUGCAGAAGAAGGCGGCUGAGGACCGGCUGGCCAGCACAGGUUCGGGUCAGUCUUUCUUGGCGCGUCAGAGACAGGCCACCAGCACCCGCCGGACGUAUCCGGGCCACGUGCAGCCCACCGCAGCCAGUGACGUUAAAGCAUGAGCGACAGGGGGCGGGGCUGCAUGCCAUCGGGGGCGGGGCCGCUGACGUCAGGGGGCAGGGCUGCAUGACCGAGUGUGAUUUGAGCUCAUGCUGCUGAGUUUAAUCCAUUUCUGCACACUAACUAACCCAGAUCGCUAACCACUGUCCUCCCGAUCAGAAGUGGGCGGGGCCGGCGCCUGUCAAUCAUGCUGUCGGCGAGAGUUCGGCCAAUGGACUGUUACGCUUCCAAGACGGAUGAACUCCGACAUGUUUUCAUUUUAGUCGCAUCAUUGUGGAGUGAUUCAGUAUUUUAUCUGUAGUCAGACGAGCUUCAUCAGUCCAUUCUUUCUUCAGCGUCUGGAUGCUGGACGUGUUUCAGUAGAAUCAGUGUGAGAAUGACAUCCGCUCCUUCUGUUUGUUUUACUUUAAAUCAGUAAGUGCUUUGAUGAUGAUGAUGAUGAUGAUGAUGAUUCUGACACACUGUUACAGACCACAGCAGUACAUACUGACUUUUAAACCUGCUCUGCUGCUUUUCUUCAUCAGCUGUUACUAAAUAUUCAUGUAAUAACGCACAGCGAUCGCCGGUGACCAUCGGUAUAUAUUUUACUCCAGCAGUGUUCUUGUGUGGUUUUUAACAGACGAUUGAAUACGUUUCUCAUGAGUUCAGAGGUUAAACACAACCGUCCAUGAGCAGAGAAACACCUGAUUCAGUCGCGUUUGAACAUUCGUCUGAAGUAGCAAAUAUUCGUUCCAUUUGCCAAGUUUUAUAUUGCUUGUAUACAAUGUGUACAUACUGUAUGUGUGAGCGGCGGAAGGAACCAGUGAGAUGUUUCCUAACGUCUCCAUUCACAUUCUGUUGAAGAACCUGUGCUUCCGACGCUGCAAAACUGUACAGUUGUUAUUCAAGUUGUAAAUAAAGCUUGUAUAAAACAUU